GGCAGAUAUGUUGGACAAAGGACAGAAUGACUAUGGAGUCAGACAGCUUGAGUAGCAAUGAGCCCAAACCGGUGCCCAUCACCUCACCGGAACUUCCGGAGUGGGCGGAUGAUCCAGCCAAUGCACAGAAUUGGGGUAUACAGAAGAAACUCUAUAACACCGCCAUACCUUCCAUACUCUGUCUUCUGAUAUCAUUUGGACUUGCCAUCUACUCGCCCUCUCACGGCCAUGUUCAAGCCGCGUUCCACACCUCCUCCACCAAGUCGCUUCUACCUUUCACCAUGUACGUAUACGGAUUGGCAUUCGGGCCCAUGAUUGCGGCACCCAUCAGCGAGACCUAUGGGAGGCGUUUCAUCUACAUUGUUAUGACUCCGCUAGCAAUGCUCUUCAUCCUCGGCGCAGGGUUCUCUAACAAUCUGGCAAGUCUCACGGUGUGCCGCCUACUAGCGGGCAUGUUCAUCUCCGCUCCGCUGGCUGUCGGAGCUGGCACAAUCAUGGACAUGUGGAGCGGGCCAGCAACCGGUCGCGGGGUGACAAUCCUCAUGACCAUCGCCUUCAUGGGCCCCGCUAUCGGAUCUCUAGUCGGAGGUUGGGUGGCCGAGUACAAGAGCUGGCGCUGGUCGCAGUGGACGACGCUGUUCCUGGGGGCUGCCUGCUGGGCUUUCAGUGCCGGGGCGCAGGAGUCCUACGCCCGCCCAAUCCUUCACCGUCGCGCUGUCAGACUGGGACUGCCCGUCCCCCCAAGUCCAAUCCCCGGGGGUCUGGCCGGCGUCAAGAUGAUGCUCACCGUCACCCUGGCACGCCCGGUAUAUAUGCUCCUGACCGAGCCUAUCGUGGCUCUGUGCUCGCUCUAUUCGUCGCUCAACUUUUCCGUCCUCUUCUGCUUCCUCGCCUGCGUACCUCUCGUGUAUACUAAUGUUUACGGCUUCACGCCGGGCCAAUGCGGGUUGGUGUUCAUUUCUCUGGCGCUGGGGUGCGCCCUGGGCUGUCUCGGGCUUCUGGUGGCAGACCAGUAUACUAUGGCUCUGCACCGUCGCCACCAUCCCGAGGGAACUCCCCCGCCACCGGAACGAGUCCUAUGGGCGGCGAUGCUGGCUAGCCCGUGGAUGCCGGUGGCACUGUUCUGGUUUGCGUGGACGUCGACUCCCGAUGUGCACUGGAUGAGCAGCAUCGUCGCCAUCGGGCUCUUUGGGUGCUCCAAUAUAAUGAUCUUCGUGUCGACCGCCCUCUAUCUGACGCGUGUUUAUGGGGCGCAGUUCGGAGCUUCCGCGUUGGCCGCCAAUGGUCUGUUGCGAUACGGCAUCGGGGGCUCGUUCCCUCUGUUCACUCUCGCCAUGUACCAUAACCUAGGUUAUAGUUGGGCGUCUAGCUUGCUCGGCUUCUUAGCCGUGGUGUUUGCUCCUCUGCCGUGGCUGUUCUUCCGCUUGGGAAGUCGCAUUCGGAAGCAUAGUGCUUAUUCGUCGUGA